AUGAACGGCGGAGACAUGGCCGGCAGACAGCCACCACUGCUGCCGUUGGUUGGUGGUGUUGGUGCCGUUGUUGUUGCUGCUGUUGGUGUUGCCGUUGUUGCCGCAAUUGACGACGUUCACUACGGGAAAGAUGUAUACAGCAAAGGAAUUCCGACUUCACGGGGCAAUUUUCACUCAUUGUUAUCAACACUGUGUAUGAGGAUACCCAGUGGUUGUUGGAUGGUUGUGACGGGACGAUGGAGAUGGCGAUGGAAGGAUGACCUCGAAACGUUGCUACACCUAUUGCAGUGCUUUGGCGAUACGGAUCUGUUGUGUUCAUUGCUUGACAAAACACCUCAGAAAACCCCGUAUUUCAGAGCAGAGGUAAAUUAA